UCAAAAGGAAAGGAGAAUGAGACAGAUACACUGGCUGAGGUGUUUUGAGGUCCAUCGAAGUGUUGCAAGCUGUGAAUUACCUUAACAUGUUCUUGAAGUACCAUGGCGUGGAUUAAAAGGAAAUUUGGUGAGCGGCCUCCACCUAAACGACUCACUAGGGAAGCUAUGCGAAAUUAUUUAAAAGAGCGAGGGGAUCAAACAGUACUUAUUCUUCAUGCAAAAGUUGCACAGAAGUCAUAUGGAAAUGAAAAAAGGUUUUUUUGCCCUCCUCCAUGUGUGUAUCUUAUGGGCAGUGGAUGGAAGAAAAAAAAAGAACAAAUGGAACGAGAUGGUUGUUCUGAACAAGAGUCCCAACCAUGUGCAUUUAUUGGAAUAGGAAAUAGUGACCAAGAAAUGCAGCAGCUGAACUUGGAAGGAAAGAACUAUUGCACGGCCAAAACAUUGUACAUAUCUGAUUCAGACAAAAGGAAGCACUUCAUGUUGUCUGUAAAGAUGUUCUAUGGCAACAGUGAUGACAUUGGUGUGUUCCUCAGCAAGCGGAUAAAAGUCAUCUCCAAACCUUCCAAAAAGAAACAGUCAUUGAAAAAUGCUGACUUAUGCAUUGCCUCAGGAACAAAGGUGGCUCUGUUUAAUCGACUUCGAUCUCAGACUGUUAGUACCAGGUACUUGCAUGUAGAAGGAGGUAAUUUCCAUGCCAGUUCACAGCAAUGGGGAGCAUUUUACAUUCAUCUCUUGGAUGAUGAUGAAUCAGAAGGAGAAGAAUUCACAGUGCGAGAUGGCUACAUCCAUUAUGGACAAACAGUGAAACUUGUGUGCUCAGUUACUGGCAUGGCACUCCCGAGAUUGAUAAUUAGGAAAGUUGAUAAGCAGACCGCAUUACUGGAUGCAGAUGAUCCUGUAUCACAACUUCAUAAAUGUGCAUUUUACCUUAAGGAUACAGAAAGAAUGUACUUGUGCCUUUCUCAAGAAAGAAUAAUUCAAUUUCAGGCCACUCCAUGCCCAAAAGAACCAAAUAAAGAGAUGAUAAAUGAUGGAGCUUCCUGGACAAUCAUUAGCACAGAUAAGGCAGAGUAUACAUUUUACGAGGGAAUGGGCCCUGUCCUUGCCCCAGUCACCCCUGUGCCUGUCGUAGAAAGUCUUCAGUUGAAUGGUGGUGGGGACGUAGCAAUGCUCGAACUUACAGGACAGAAUUUCACUCCAAAUUUACGAGUAUGGUUUGGGGAUGUAGAAGCUGAAACUAUGUACAGAUGUGGGGAGAGUAUGCUCUGUGUUGUCCCAGACAUUUCUGCAUUCCGAGAAGGUUGGAGAUGGGUCCGGCAGCCAGUCCAGGUUCCAGUAACUUUGGUCCGUAAUGAUGGAAUCAUUUAUUCCACCAGUCUUACCUUUACCUACACACCAGAACCAGGGCCACGGCCACAUUGCAGUGCAGCGGGAGCAAUCCUUCGAGCCAAUUCAAGCCAAGUGCCCCCUAAUGAAUCAAACACAAACAGCGAGGGAAGUUACACAAAUGCCAGCACAAAUUCAACCAGUGUCACAUCAUCUACAGCAACAGUGGUGUCCUAACUACCGUCUUUUUGCUAGGACUUAACUGACUUGAGUGCGGCAAAAAGUUGACAAAAAAAAAAAAAAAAAAAAGGAAAGAGGAAAAAAACCCGAACAAUCUUUUGUGGUUUCUUGGGAAAACUUUUUGUACCAGGUGAUACUAUUCAAAAACACCAUUACCUGCAAGUGCUGAUUUGAAAUGCAGAAGCCACAGUAAAACAAACAAAAAACCCCACCAAAAUGUACAAACUAUUGGAAAUAGAGUUUUUCAGCUUUUUGUUUGGUUGGUUGGUUGGUUGGCUAGUUUUUGUUUGGUUUUGUUUAAAUGGGCAAAAAAUAGAUAUGUGGCUGGAAUAAAAGUUAAGCAAACUAGAAUACACAGAUCUAACAUAGUUUUUAUGGACCAAGGAACUUGUAUAAGCUUUAGUGUAAAAGGUACAUUUUCACCAUACCUUUUUUAUUUCACCGUAUAUAGUACACGUUGUUACCAAAUAGGUUGUUCUCCUCCCCACCCCGCUUUGAGUUUUUUCUCUAAAGUACAUUCAGGUUCCAAGCCUGACCAUGCUUGUUUAAUCUAAUUCCCAUACUCUUCCAGGUUUUUUUGGUCUAAGGCUGGAACUUUUUUUUUUUUUAAGCUGAAGUCUUAUGACUUUUCAUGAGUCAAAAUUGUUUUGAUUUCAGCAAGUCAAAUCUUGUAAAGGCCUGCAUUUUUUCUUUUUUAAGAUUAUAUGAAGUCUGUGCAAAAGCUUUAAAAAAAUGCCUCUGCCUUGCCUGCAAUACAUGCGAUGUACGUUAACUUAGUCUCUAUUCUCAGACACUGUUGGUAGUUAUUUCUGUGUUUUUGUUUUUUUUUCUUUUUUAAAUGUAUUUAUAAUGGUAAUCCAAGAGGUUCUAACAUUUACCUGAAAUUCAGUGUGGCCAUUUAAGUCAUUAAUGAGUUUAUGGCGCAGAACAUGUUGGUAUUUGAAGUGUUCUCUCCCCUUUUCCCAUACAUAAAUACAUCUGUGUGCUCCAGGAUUUGUUCAGAUUUUUCUCCCCCUCAUAAUCUUGUACAUAGCUUGUAUUAUGUGUAACUUAAACAUUUUAUUUUGAACUUGGAAUGUUCCCAGUGAUUUCAUUCAGCAGGGUGUUUUCUGCCUUGUUGGCAAAUCAUAACGAAUAUCAUGAGAAGUAUUGCUACCAGUUGGUAGAUGGUCCCUUUAUGCUGGAAUGAGGAAAAUCUCAGUAAAAGCAUGCUUUAUUAUCUUUCCUUAUAUUUUAUUUCAUUUUCGGGGUAGCCUAGACCAGAACAUCAUUGUAAUCUUAAAACAUAAGAUGCUUUUAUUAGAAGAUCAAAUAAAAUAGCUGGAAGACAGUACUUUAGAAACAGUAAGAUUAUAAAAAUGCAAAUGUAACUUAUGUUUUCAUUUCUCUCUGCUUUUUUUUGUCUUCCCUUCUUGAGUACUGAACAUCUCCACAGAUGUCUCCUACUCAGAAAACAUUUAUUUUCCUUUCGGUUAAGAUUUGGUUGCAUUCAGGGUUGUGUGUUGGCCUUGCAUGCAGAUCUUGCCAGUUUUACACUGCUUCCUUCCAUUCCUGCACUUUAGUGAUGCCUUUGUUUGGUUUCUUAGAAAUUGCAGUAGACUUAUUGGGCAGUAGUUAGUACAGGAACCACAUGUGUAAUGUUAUAGGACACUGUCUGGUAAUACAAUCAUCCUUCUUAGAGUAAAAACUACCUCUAGAUUGUGGUAAGCUUUUACUGUCCCAUCAAACCGGAGCCACAAGUACCUUAUGAAUGCAAAACUAACUUCAUACAGUACUUCCAUACAGAACAUUGUCUUUCUGGUGUCCUUGGCUAUUUUGAAAAAGUUUCCAUUAAUAGACUUUUGAAAAAUCAUUAUUAGUAGCAUUUUUUUUCAGCUUUGCUCUCUUCAUCACUCUUUUGCUCAGACUGUGCCACUGUAAAUAGUAUUCCUAAUAUCUUUAAAUUGCCUUUUCCUCAGUUUUUAAGGGGAAAGUCAUUUGUAAAACAUGUUAAGUGGUUAAAGCAAAGUUAUUGCAUUUUUUUCUUACUGGAAGCCUUUUUAAUCACCCCCACCUCCCGCUGUGUUAUACUGUAUGUAGCCUUUUCUCUUUAAAUCUGCUCCAGUCACUCAUUUCUCUCUUGUAAACUAAUCCUGCCUCAUACCUUAAAUCUGUUUCAGUGAUUGAGGGCAGAACUCAUUGUGGCCUUAUCUUUUUUGGUUGUAACUGUUCAUGGGCUUUUACUCACAAACUUGCUUAUUUCUGAAUAGUAUUUAUUCUUUUUUCUGUUGAGUUGUGGAAGUAGUCAUUACACAGUGCUUUUUGUUCAGAGCAUGGACAUGUUUUCAGUGCUGCUUUACUUUUAACAGGCCACAAAUUUCCUCUACUUCCCGAGUUUGGUAUUUAGUUAAGAAAUCAUAUUAAAUUGAUAACAAAUGAGAUGCUUAACUAUUCCUUACCCAGCUUUGCAGCUCGAAAUAAUUUUUCAAGUUCAUGGCUUUAUUAAUGCUUUUUUAAAGUUUAUAUCUUAUUUUGGUUCUUUGGUUCUUCGAAAUAUGAUAAUUGAAAUAUUAGAUUGUAAACCCUUUUCCUGUUUUUUUUUUUUUUUUUAAGUUCAAGAAUGUACUUACACAGGCAUUUUCCCCACUUAUUUUAUGCCAUUCUUAUACCACAGACUGAAGAUUGAAAUGAUAUGUCUGUUGUAGCCUAUUGUUUAUCAGUAGUUCUUUUGUCGGCUGCUUUAAAAAAUAUUUUCAUGGAUUUGUGAAUCAUUUUCACUAUAUAAUUUAUAGGAGCUUUGUCCUCCAGUUGUAGUAGAAUAUUUCCCUCCCCAAGUGAUGGCAUAACUAGAGAUGCUGGUCAUUUACCCUAAUAAAGACUCUCUUCUUAGAAUGGUGAAUACUACAGUUAAAGUAUAGUAUGUUUUAUUUUUUAAAAAUUCUGUUUUGGAAGAAUAUCUUAUGCUCUCAUGAUUCUAUGCAGUUUCUAAAAGUAUGCAUAGAAGCUGAGCCUGUGAUCCAAUAUAUUUUUAUGAGUUCCAUUGAAUUUAUCACAUAGGUUGGAAAGGCAAGCUAAAGACUUUAAAUGUAGAAUGAAUGCCCUUUAUAUUUUGAAUGAUUUUAGAGUUGAACACUAGUAUAAUAUUUAACCUGCUGCUGAUUUUUCUUAAACCAUGGCAACUAAAGGCAUCUUCAUAUAUGAAUUAAUUAGUGAAAUAUUCGUCACUCCUACUGCACAGACUUAUUUGCAAUCAUAACUGGUUAGGUUUUUUGUUUGUGUUUUUAAUGAAACUGGUACCAUCUGUGCCCUCACAGAAAAUUUCCAACACCGUUUUUGAGAACUAACCUAACUGGUCAUGUUAACCAGAAAAUCCGUAGGGGCAGGGGGUUUCCUUCUUGAAACAAAAUGCUUUUCAAUUAUUAACCAAGUUACUUACUUUGAUUUCAAAAGCAGCUGUGUUUCUGAUGAGUACUGAACAAAUGUGUGUAAUUUUCUGUGCCAGACUUUUGACUUCGUUUUUAAGCACUGUAAUGUGGGAUGGAUGGUUAGAAACAAUAAUAUAUUAGGGUUUCUAUUUAACCCUUUCAGGACUGAACUGUAUCUCCUUUCAUUAAUUUUUCCCUGUGUUGUGAUAAAUGUUUGCCAGCAUUCAGUACUGUGUUGGUCCAGAUGUAGGUUUAUAUGCUCAUUUUUAGCUUAUUUCUUGUACCUUGCAGCAUGCUCUAUGCAUUCAGUCCUUAAGGGGUUUAUUUUACAAACUGUGCGCCUGUAAGGUUUAUUAGCAAUAAGAUAGAAAAUUGAGCAAGUUUAUACCAUAAUUUUGUAGAAAAAGAGAAUCUGCUCAGUUCCAUAUUUCAUCCAUGAAAAAACCUGCAAUAUGGGCAGUUUCAAAGAAUAAAUAAAAAGGAAAUGUAAACCAUUGUAAGUCUUUUGUUGGAUGUGCCUGAUACAUGUAUUAUUGUUGUUGAUUUCAGAAUACUUCAUAAAGACAAAAUUAAAUUCUGUAUUAUAGUU